AUAAACACACACACUGAACACACAUAAUUAUCAAGCUGAGCCUUUAACAGUAGUUAUUAAUUUUCACUAAAUGAAUCAAAAUUUAGUAUUUUUAUUUUAUCUUACUGCACCAUGGGCAUCUUCUUCUCCAACCUAUUCUCACGACUCAUGAAGAAGAAAGAAAUUAAGUUGCUUGUGGUUGGUCUGGAUGCACCAGGGAAAACAACAGUCCUCUGCAAACUACAAACUCUGUGAAUUUUUCACAGCUAUUCCAACUAUUGGUACUGAAUCAAAACAGUAUAUUUUAUAUUGCUAGGUUACUUCAGAAAACAUGUUUAGUUAAUUUUUCAUUUAAAUUCUUGUUCCAUGACUAUAAAGACUUAUUUUAAUGUGUUUUGUUGUAUCUGUAUCUGUUUGAAAUAUAUAUAUAACAGAAUAUAAAAAUGCAUGAGAAAUAGAGUAUGUUUGCACAGUUAUAGACAUAUUGAUGUAAGGUGUAUAUUUAAUGUAUGCAUAAAUGAUUAACAUCAGAAUUGCUGAAUCAGAUUGUAAACAUGGUCAUAAUGUUACGUUUUUUUUUUAUAAUUUAUGAACAAAAAUAGAUCCAAUAAAUGAUGAAGUUUUACAAAAAAGGUUUCAAUUUCAAAACCUAAUCAUAUUUGCCUAAUGAAUGACAUUUAUGGAAAAUGCUAACUAUUAAUUUGUAAUUUAGCUAUAGUUUUUAGCUGAUACUAUCUUCAAAAGAAAAAACCAUAUGCCUAUGACAACAAUUAUAUUAUAAAAGACAUUACAUGUGAGUGUACUGUAAAAUAUGGUACAAAUGCUUUUAAAAGUAAAACAUCCUAUAAUUUAUAAAAAAUGUUAUUUUAAAAUAACGCAAGACAACUAUAGUACUAUCUAAUUGUCGCUAUGAGUAAUGUGCACUGGAUUGUUCUACACUUGUUUCAUUAAUGUUUAGGAUUAUUUUAUAGUCAUAUGUGUUACAUUGAUUGCUGUUGUUUGCUGUGAAACUGGUUCAUGUGUUAUUGUUGUUUAUGAAUGCGAGAAGAGCCCAUUACAAUGAACUUUAAGUCAUCUCAUGGAAUAUAAACAUAUUUUUAUGACACAAUCGCUCCACCAAAACGUUUGAACAUUAUUACAGUGUUUUAGGGUAUGUGUCUGGCAACCACAGCUGCAAGUGUAGGCUAUUUGAUAGUUUUUUUUUUUUUACAAAACAUUUUCACGGUUUAUGUACUCCCUCCUUACAUUUCCCAACCAUUUAUUGAGUUAUAUGUUAUUCAAAUGAAAUCAAACCCUUCAAACUGUAAAAAUAAUAAUAAAAAGUUUGUUUAGACACGUGAUACAGUAGGUGACGUCAUUUCGAACGCGUUGGAUUUGCCGCGAGAGAAGCUGAGAGUGGCGGUGUUGAGCUGUCAAUCAAACCGAAAGUAAAAAACCCUAUAUAUAAACACACUGAACACACAUCAUAACUAGUCUGAGCCUUUAACACUAGGCGUUUAUCUUCAGCUACAGCGGUUCUGUCUUAUUGCAAACAUGGGCAACUAUUUCUCUCAGAUUUUCUCUCGUCUCUUUCCGAAAAAGCAGAUUCGGUUGCUUAUGGUUGGUCUGGAUGCAGCAGGGAAAACAACAGUGCUCUACAAACUCAAACUCGGAGAAGUUGUCACAACUAUUCCAACUAUUGGUUUUAAUGUUGAAACAGUUGAAUAUAAAAACAUCUCCUUCACUGUGUGGGAUGUUGGCGGUCAGACCAAAAUCAGAGGUCUUUGGAAAUAUUAUUAUCAGUACACUGAGGGCUUGAUCUUUGUGGUGGACAGCAGUGAUCAUGACCGGAUUGAAACAGCAGCAGAGGAACUAAACGCAAUGCUGGCGGAGGACGAGAUGAGAGACGCAGUUCUGUUAGUUCUUGCUAACAAACAGGAUUUACCCAAAGCCAUGCCGGUCCACGAGCUGACAGACAGACUGGGUUUACACGCACUAAGAGGACGACAGUGGUUUGUUCAGGCUACAUGUGCGGUUCAAGGGUCAGGUUUAUAUGAAGGACUGGAUUGGCUCUCAGAUCAACUUUCAGGACGACCGUAAUGCUGGAACUUUAUGUUUUGGGUUUUUGUGGCCUGAUACUUCAAAACUAAUACAUACUGUAAUUGAAUGUAUCUGCCUUCAGCUGUUUAUUAUCUCAAAAGCAUUUUUAUGUAUUAAUAUUAAAUCAAAACGGUGCUUUUUAUAUUGUGAGGUUACAUCUGAAAACAUGUUUAGCUAUUUUUUUAUUUUAAUUAUUGUUCCAUGAACUCUGAAAGAAAAAACACUUUGAAAGACUUAUUUUAAUAUGUGUUUUGUUGUAUCUGGAUUUGAAAGAAUAAGCUGAUGUUUGUCUGGAAAAUAUAUACAUAUACAGUAUGUGUGAUGUGUGUGUGUGUGUCCUUCAAAUAUCUCCAAUAAAUGGUGUAUUUAUUUUCAAACAA